AUGAAGUCACAAACUGUCGUGAUCACCAUUUUAUUUUAUUUGGUAACAACUUUAGCUGAACCUGAUGGUACAAUAGUUCAAUUGGAAAGGGGUAAAAUCCAGGGGAUUAUUCGAAAAAGUGAGAAUGGAAACGAUUAUUAUGCUUUUCAAGAGAUUCCUUAUGCGGCACCUCCUGUAGGACCGAAUAGAUUUCAGCUACCUCAAGAACCUGAACCAUGGGAAGGCAUCUUGAAUGCAACAAGAAAUACUAAAAUUUGUAUACAAGCAAAUUCUAGACAUGAUUAUCUUGAAAAGAGUGAAGAUUGUUUAUACAUGAAUGUGUAUACACCUAUAGUACCCGGUACCAAGGACAAUCUACUUCCUGUUUUACUUUGGAUUCAUGGUGGAGGGUUUUCAGCUGAAUCUGGAAUUUAUGAAUAUUACGGACCAAAAUACAUUAUGGAUCAUGGAAUUGUAGUUGCUAGUUUUAAUUAUCGCUUAGGCCCAUUUGGUUUUGUGGGAACUGACGACGGCACCAUUCCUCUUAAUCUUGGUUUAAAAGACCAAAGAUUUGCCAUUGAAUGGGUAAAUAAAAAUAUUGAAUUAUUUGGAGGAAAUCCAAAUCAAGUUAUUAUAGUAGGAGAGAGCGCUGGUUCAAUGGCAGUAGGAUGUCACAUUUUAAGUCAAAAGCCUGAUGAAAACUUAUUUCAUGGCGCAAUAAUGCAAAGUGGAUCACCAGUUGCUGGAGGUAUAAAACGAAAUAAUCUUAAUACAGCGGCGUUUGACCUUGGAAGAAUAGUUGAUAAGAGUUUCUCAUCAAAUAGUACAUCAGAACUAUUGACGGUGCUGCAAAAUGCUGAUGCCAAUGAUAUAUUAAUGUCAGGCGUGUUUGGCGAAGUUGCCAUAGAAAAAGAAGGUAUAUUUUCUUCUUUUGGUUUUCAAGGUUUUAUAGAUAAGAAAUACAAACAAAUUCCAGUUAUUAUUGGAUUUAACUCCGAAGAAACAGUUUUAGCUUCCCCUUUUAUAAAUAAAACCCAGUUGAAAGAAAUUGACAUGAAUCCAACUCUACUGAUAUCUACAGGAGUUAAUAUCGCCUCCGAAAACAGACAAACUGUUGGAAUAUUAUACAAGCAAGUAUAUGUUGGUAAUGGCUCAUUUGAAAAUGAUAUUGGUGCAUACAUAAGGCAUAAUAGUGACACUAGCUUUACAACAGGUACGGCCAAGCAAGUAGAAUUAAGUUGUACAGAUGCUCCAUAUUACUUUUAUCAGUUUGCAUAUAAAGGAGAACUAGGACAACAAAUGGAUUAUAUAGAUAAAAUUCCGGCAGAUACUGGAAAAGUAGGACAUGCCGAAGAUUUACAUUAUAUGUGGGACGACACUACUAACAGUGACCUAAGUCAGUAUCCAGAAGAAGAUGGGUUAAUGUUACAUAGAUAUGUAAAAAUGUGGACUAAUUUUGUUAAAUAUUUGAACCCAACUCCUGAACCAGAUCCUCUGCUCGGAAACAUUACCUGGCUUAUGAGCGAACCUACUACUCUCAGAUAUUUGAACAUCAGUGCUUCAUCUGAAAUGCGUGAACAUCCAAGACAAUUUCAACAGAUCAAAGCAAUUUUAGAAGAAUACAUGGAACCUCCAUUUGACAGUUAUUCUUAA